AUGUUAUACACAGCUCACACACACACUAUUUACAGACUAAAUAACAGCACAAAAAAGUCACACAUGUGGUACACACACUAAGUAAAAGCCCUGCUUGUAUAACUGUUUACUAGGGAUUUAAAACGUAGAAGCUUUGUCUAUUACUGCAAUUAUUCAGCAUUUUGUGGAGGAAGAGUUGCUCCGGUUCAGCAGUUUAGCUCUGUUAGAGACAACGGAGGUUUGAUUUACAACAGCAUAACACAGAGCAACCCCCCUCUACCUCCUCACACUACACAACUGUAAAUCAAACCUCCGUUGUCUCUCACAGAGGUGAACUGCUGAACCACUGAACCGGAGCAACUCUUCUUCUACAGCACUAAGCAAACAGUACACCGGAGCCUUUCAGAACAGGAAGUGCAGAUUUUGCAAAAAGAGGAAGGAACCGCUCUAGAAUCAUCCCUGUUUACACCGUUAUCUGAAGCCUGGGAACAGACACCGCCGGGCACAUAAGGAGCAGCAACCCUACACUGGUCAUUUUGGAUUAAAAAUACAGACUUCCAGAUGACAUGUUUCAGUCUUAAACAACAGCCACAAAAAUAUAUCUGCAAACUGAGAGCAAAUGAGCCCAGAUGCUUAAGUCCUGAGUAUACCAUAACGGAAAAGUAAGAUACACAGAAAAACAAAGCAUAUGAUGAAUAAGAGAUAUCUGCAAAAGGCAACAAAAAGACAUUUUCUUAUAAUAAUAUUUAUUGUAACACUGUGGGGAAAGCUGGCAGCUGGUGCAGUACAUCAUAAAGCUCAACAUGUUAAAACUGGCACUUGUGAAGUUGUGGCACUCCACAGAUGUUGUAAUAAGAAUAAGAUAGAAGAAAGGUCGCAAACCGUUAAGUGCUCAUGCUUUCCAGGACAAGUGGCAGGAACCACAAGAGCUACUCCUUCAUGUGUAGAUGCAUCAAUAGUUGAACAGAAAUGGUGGUGUCAAAUGCAGCCAUGUCUUGAAGGAGAAGAAUGCAAAGUUCUCCCAGAUCAGAAAGGUUGGAGCUGUGCCUCAGGGAAUAAAGUGAAAACAACAAAGAUAAAACCACCUGAGGGUUAGACUGUACCAGCUUUUCGAGCUCAAGAGUGACAUUUCUUCAUAAUCUCCAGGAAAAUUGCUUAGAGAUGACAGUUAUGGGAAGAAUUCAGCACACUGGGAAAUAGACAGCAUGUCAGCAAAGUCCUACACGAAGAAACUGUGAGGAACUGGAAAUUCUCCUAUGGUUGCAAAACUUUUUGUCUCUGAGUAAAGUCAUUUACAAUAAUAA